CCCACGAUGGUGCAAGCAUGUGUGGUUUGUCCUGUGAUGCUGAGGCACAUCCUGUACUGGCCCAUUGGAGCUAUGCGUCUGUUAGAACCAGUGGUCGGCUGAGGUUUGGGGCUAUACUGUCAUAAAAGUCCAAGUCUUAACUGAUAAAAGUGAAGGAAAAGCCCUUAUAGGUGGAACUGCGCAAACUUGUGUGCGCCAACAUUAGUGCAAGUGUUUGCUAAAAAAGGAGGAGGCGGAGCUACGUGGCCCCGCCCGCCGCCGCCUGUCAGAAAGCGUUCGGGGCAUUACCACACAAUGGACGCUUGUAGCUAUGGAAACUCGUCGAUGGCAGCAUCCUCCAGUGCUCUCCGUCCUCAUCCUCAUACCUCUCGGAGGUGGUGACUGCGUGCAGCUGUAGCCGUAAAGUGAUACGCUUGCAAGAUGGCGAUGGCGGGGCUCGUGGCGUGCUUUGUGCUGUACUCCAGUUUAGGCCACAUUCCAUCAGCCCUUGGAGUAAUCCUCCGAACCACGGACAAGAUUGUUUGGGCAAAUGAGUUUGAGCCCAUCGAAUUAACCUGUUUGAUAGAGUCCAUUUCAACAAACAACCCAAGGAUUGAGUGGAAAAAGAUUAAAGAUGGCAUCCCGAGUUACGUGUACUUUCAAAACAAGAUAGCAGGGGACUUGGAGAAUAGAGCUCAGCUAAGAGAGCCAGCCAACAUUCUGAUCUUCAAUACCACUCGAUCAGACACUGCAGAGUACCGCUGUGAGGUGGCUGCCAUCGACGAUCAAAGGGACUUUGAUGAGAUACUUAUUAGUCUUGCAGUUAGAGUGAAACCUGUCGUGCCACGGUGCAGCGUGCCAGAGGCUGUAACUGUAGGAACGUCGACGGAGCUGCGAUGCCUGGAGAACGAAGGCUUCCCGGCUCCUCAGUACCGCUGGUUCCACAACAACGAAGAGCUUCCUCAGGAUCCCAAAAACAGCCCCAGAUUUGUCAAUUUCUCCUACACCAUCAAUCCAGACACUGGCAGCCUGAAAUUUCGGCGAGUGAGAAAAGAAGACGCAGGGGAAUACUACUGCCAGGCAAAGAAUGAUGCGGGUCAUGCACAGUGUCCCACACAAGUGAUGGAAGUCUAUGAUGUAGACAUCAUUGGAAUUGUGCUCAAGUGUCUUGGUGGAGUGUCUGUGGUCAUCAUUUUGAUGGCUUUUCUCUGUUCCAUUAGACGCAUGUGCCUACAGUAUAAAUGUCACAAUGAAAAUCACUAUAACUGGCCAACACAGAACAACGGUGUUGAAUAUGCUGAUGCAGAUGAGGGUCAUUUCCGUCACAAGUCUUCAUUCAUCAUUUGACAGCUGAUAAAAUAGUUAAGGAAAACCCCUGUUGAGGUCAAUGUGGAACAGAUAUGAUCCAGUUGAUCUAAGUUUAAAAUGGCACAUUGUUUUCCAAUGCACAUCAAAAUCAGAUCAGCUGACUUGCCAAAGUUAUUAUUAAUUCAAUAUGUGGCAGCACAUUUUUUUAGAAUCCAACUUAUUUUUUACUGUGUUGUAAUUAAUUGUUUCUUUUUGAACGUUUGCAAUUUACACGUUGAUUUUUUUUUUUUUUUUUUUCUCCAGACCGUUUUCCAACACAAUUGUAUCUUACGAUAACAGAGUUUUAAAGCUGUUGAGUUUGAUAUUUGGUCUUUGGCAUUUUGUCACUGGUCACUGUAAGGUACAUUUUUAGACCAAUCCCCUUUGAUAACUCACAUUUUUUACGGUUUCAGAAAACUGUCUGACACCAGACAUACAUGUUUUGAAUUGUUUCUCGCACAAAAUAGUCCAAACUUGUCUUUGUACAUAGUGUAGAUAGAAAAGGCAAAAAAGGGAUGGUCAGAACACACUCAUAAAGGCACAAAUACCAGCCUUGAGAUUUAUGAGGAUAUAAUAACUACAUUCAAGUACAGAAUAAACAAAAAAAGUUUGAAUAUGAUAUACCUUACUAUGCUGCAAUGUAUUUACUUGGAAGGUGGUGAAGCGUUACUUUUUGGAGUGUUGUUUCUGUGCAUAAGUGACCUUUGGUGCUCUAAGAUUUUUAUUUGUCAGUAUUGGACAUAUUGCCCAGUUUUGAGUCAGUUCUCUAUGUCCAGCAUACAAAUGCAUUUUUUUAAUCCUUUGAUUUUAUUUCAUUGAACUGUAUUCAUGUAAAUACUGCAAUAACCUGUUUGUUGGAAGUACAUUCACUGUAUUUAGUGUUGAGUGUUUUCCGAGUGUUGAAUCUGUCUAUAACAACUGUUUCUUUUCUGAGGCUUAUGUUGUUUUGUGUAUUAACUCAGGAACUGUGAGAACAUGUAUGCUGUUCAUUUGAUAAUAAACUUAUACCUUCUUGUUA